CAACAUACAUGGCAGGUCUUGCAAACUCAGACAUAGAUAUCGCCACAAGAGGGGCAGACCAAUUCGUCUACGUCUAUUAUGCGGCAUACGACAGCAAGGAUAGAAUCCAGAGUGUACCCAAAUUCUACAGGCAAACAUCCUCUGUGGUAUGGAACGGGAACCCUGUACAGGGAGACACCGGUGUGAGGGAGCUAAUGGAGAAGAUACCACCAAGCAAGCAUGAGAUACAGUCCUUUGACUGCCACCCCAUUCCUAAUACAUCGCCGCCGUCGCUUCUGGUGACUGUAUCUGGGACUGUCGUGCAUGGCAGAGCGGCAGUAGCCUUGACUCACCCGACAGCAAGCAAGUCUGUAGAUGACCAGCCCCGCAUAUUUGCCCAGACGUUUAUGCUCGUCCCAGACAGCGACAAUGCUGCACCUGGAGGCGAUGCGAGCAGCUCGCAAGUCAAAUAUUAUGUGUUGAGCGAUGAUAUGAGAUUUGUAGGAUGAAACUCGAGUUAAAAGCAUUCAUGACGCAUGUAUCUUAGAUUAUUAUUUACACACCCGUAGUGCACGC